AGUGAGUUAACCUGCGCGUGCGCCGAUCGCUGCCAACCGUCAAGUGCACACAGUGUGUUUACCCUGCCCGAGCUAUAAAGACGUGUCACCCGCUCUCGAGACAAUCUAGUGAAAGGCCUACGAAAAUGCGGGCAAUCUGCAUUUUCGCGAUCUCGAUACUUUCCUUCGCGUUGGCAGAUUCCGAACCUUGGGUAGAGGAAGAAGAUGUAGAAGAUUAUAAUGAUUAUCACAUCGACAAGCGUGACGUCGAAGGUCCAUAUGAGGAACAUAUUCGGGUGAAACGUGGACACGAGAGGUCUAAGCGAGCUCCGGUGCCAAUUCAUCAAUAUGAAGUCUAUGAACCGUUUGAAGAAGGGUCCUACCCAGCUCCAUCUUAUCAGGAAAUGUUAGCGGCUAGUGCUGAACACUACCAUAGGUAUUUACCCGGAAAUACUCGGAUCGCCCGUCAUUUAAAUACGCAAAUAAACCCAGGACCCCUCACGUUUGGAGUUAGUCCAGAUCCCAUAGAAGUUGUUUCAGCGCCUGUAAAUCUAUCACCAGUAGCUAACACCAGACCAAUACAGUUCAGCAAUGAACCGCCAGCAGGUGUAUUGUUCUAUGAACAGAAGGAAGAUUUGACCCCAGCUGCUGGUCACGUUGUAGUAAAUCACAAUCCACAUGCCUCGGCGCAUAAACAAGGAUUGGGUCACGCGCAAGAAGCCAGUCACUUUGAUGCACAAGGAGGCAAGGUUGUCAAAGGUACCAAAACAGACCACUACGUAGACAAAGGUGGCAAAGGUCACAAAACUGACGAGCACCAUCGGAAAGAAUAUGAGGAAGCAGCUGGUAAAAAGAAAAAACACCAUGACCUUGCAGGACAUAAGGGAAGUCAUCAAGAGGAGGCUUUUGGGCAGAGAGGGGCACACUUCGACGAGAAAAAGGGACACAAAAAAGGACACAAAACUAAGGGCUUCCAUAACAAGUAUCACAAAGACGAAUUCCACAAGGAGCAUAAAUUCUACGACGACUUCCACAAGGGAGGUGAACAUCAUCGGUAUGGUAAAUUCAAUGCUCGACACGCUACCAACGAGAGUGGCAAGAAAAAAGCGCACCACGUAAACGCAGGCCACGAUUUUGUCGAGAAAGGCAAGAAUGGAUACAGCAAAAAGGGUCAUGUAGACGCUGACCACCGAGGCCACAAGGGUAAAUCUGGACAUGAAGAACAUCAUUCACAUCACUCACAGCACGGCAAGAAGGGAGGCAAAGAAGGUGGCUCUCAUUGGGCUUACGCUAAGAAAGACUAAGUUAAUAUAAAAACUAGUUUAAGGUGAUUUGUACCCUGUACUAAAAAUGCGCUUGUUAUUCGUUACAAUAUUUUAUCAAAUAGCGAUACCGAAUUCAGGUUUUCUGACUGUAAUAGUUUUUAAUUGACGAAUAGUUUAGUAGUAUCCAAUGGAAUCAUUACUGCUUUUAUAGAGUAGUCCUUCAGGAUUCUCCUUCGGACAAUAUUAAACAGAACUAAAAUGCCAUUGGUUAUUAGCUAUCUUCUAAUUGCGUUGCGAUAAUACGUAAUGUUUCUAAGGAUGUCAUAAUCGAUUUUAUAUUUCCGCUAUUGGUUUGUUAGUAGGUUACCAGGUCUUAUUCAAAAUAAAUAAGCAAAAAUCAUUAUUAAA